AUGGGCGCAAAGAAGAGGAUCCCCAGCCCCGACGAGCUGCGCGACUACGACCAUGCCGUUGCCGGACAUGCGGGCACCUUGUGCGACGCCGACGGCGAGCUCUUCAUCAAGCCCUGCACCCAGACCGAGAUCGACUUCUACCAGGCCGUCGAGGCCAACGGCUACCGCGACUUUGCCGAGAUCAUGCCUCUCUUCAUGGGCGAUCUGCAGCUGAGCAACCCACAGGACGUGCCUCUCGACGACGCGCUCCUCGGCGUCGUGUCCGACGCCGGCAUCGAGACCAACAAGGACAGCAUUGCUGCCAAAAUAGUAGAGCAGGUGGCAAAGGUGGUGCCCAGCGCCGUUGCCGACUGCGCCGCCUCGUGGGUGCCGACCCAGGGCAAGAAGAUCAAGACGGACAGGUCGGUGGUGCUGGAGAAUGCCUCGUUCGGCUACAAAAAGGCAAACAUCCUCGACGUCAAGCUGGGCGUCCGGCUGUGGGCCGACGACGCCCCUGCCGAGAAGAAGCGGCGCUUUGAUGCCAUUUCCAAGCAGACGACUCACGGGAACCUGGGCUUCCGCAUCGCCGGCAUGAAGGUCUAUCACGGCUCGGGCGACGAGACCAAAUGGGACAAGGAAGGCUACAUGAUCUACGACAAGGACUUUGGCCGGCUGACAGUCAACGACGACAACGUGGUCGACGCCUUCCGGACCUUUAUCUUCAACAAGACCGCCGGCAUUGACCAGGCCCUGGGCAGAGCCGUGUGCGCCGCCUUUGUGCGGGACCUGGAGCGCGUCGAAGAGGUCUUGAGCAACCACGAGACCCGCAUGUACUCGUCGUCUCUCCUCUUCAUCUUUGAGGGCGACGGUGCCGCUCUGAGCGCGGCGAUUGAGAAGAACAACGAGAUCAUGGAGCGUGAGUCGGCCGAGGCGUACACCUGUCCGCCGGUCUCGCGCACAAACAUUGGCUUGGACAACCGCAUGGACAGCGGCAUCGCCUUGGAGGAUGAGGACGACUCCGCCAAUGGAGACGAGGACGAGGAUGACCUCCAACUGCCCAAGAUCUAUACCCUGAAGCUCAUCGACUUUGCGCACGCAGAGUUUACGCCCGGCCUCGGACCAGACGAGAACACGCUGACUGGAGUCCGCAGCCUGUUGCGGAUAUUCAGAGAGCUGGCCGGCGAAGAUGACUAG